AUGUACGAUCAGAAUAACGACGAAGUAGGCAGGCAGAUCUUCCCGCAAAACCAGGAAGAGCAGAGCCCGUUACAACCCGAACCUCAGACUCAACAACAACCGAAUACCGAUGCUGUUCUUGGCGCGGACGUCGCUUCAGGAGACGAGAACGGAUCCGGAGGCGACCAACGAGACAGGCAGGCGGAAAACGAGCAGCAGCAGCAGCAGCAGCAGCAGCAGCAGCUCGAAGCUAAUAGCGAUAAUGAGGAGGAGGAUGACGGGGAUGAGACGGGCGACGACUUUGAGCUGCAUGACGGGCAGAACGAAGCGGGCGGCGGGAGCGGCGGCGGCGGGUGGGGGGUAUUGAUGGAGGGCUCACUGCGCGUGCUGCUAGUAGAAGACGAUGACUCCACGCGCCACGUCCCUCUCUAUCUCAAAAACUCCCGACACCCCCCCUCCCCCUUCCAACCCCUCCUUCUCUCCCCCCUCCUUCUCUUCCCCUCUUCCCCGAACCCCCCUUCUCCCCCUCCUACUUCCUUCCUCCCGCCUUCUCCCCUCCAACCUCGACCGCUUCUCCCCGAUACAGUCACACCCGCGUCGAGCGGGCAGCACGCAUGGGAGCUUCUAUCGAGCGGCAGCGGCGGGCGGUUCGACCUGGUGCUGACGGACGUGGUGAUGCCGGGGCUGUCGGGCAUUGCGCUGCUCGCGCGCAUCAUGGGCAAAGAGGAGCUGCGCGGCAUCCCCGUUAUAAGUACUGGCAUGGAGAUCACGGCACUCAAGCGCUCUUCGUCCUUGUCCCGCUCCCUCCCAACCCCCAGUGAUGUCGUCGCACAACAGCAUGGAGAUGGUGUUGAAGUGACCGAUAGUCGUUCCCUGCUGACCGUUCCCCCCCCUCCGCCCUCCAACCCCACUUCACCCUUCUCCCCCGUCGCAGUGAUGUCGUCGCACGACAGCAUGGAGAUGGUGUUGAAGUGUUUUCAGAGGGGUGCAGCGGACUUCCUCGUGAAGCCAGUGCGCAAGAACGAGCUCAAGAACCUCUGGCAGCACGUCUGGCGCCGAUGCCACUCCUCCGAUUUCGAGAUGCUGCUUUUUCCGUUUCGCUCCCUUGUACCUGCACACUUGUCCACAUGCUCUCCCUGCAUGCCGCUCCCCUUCCUCAUCCGCGUCUCCUCUCUUCCUUCCUCCUUCCCGCUCUUUCCUUUCCUGCCUCUCUUCCCUCUCCUCCCUCUCCUCUCGCUCUCCGCCCGUUCUGCCGUUUCCCUCGCCCCCGCUUCUCAGUCGAGUGGCAGUGGCAGCGGCAGCGGUAGCGGCACCAACGGCAAGGUGCUCAUGGGACUCGCCAAUCAGCGCGCGCCCAACGCCGCCUACGCCGCCGCCGACGGCGCCGCUGCUGCCGCCGCUGCUGACGGCGACGGCGGCGGUGGGGCCGGGCGCGGUGGGGAAGGGGAAGGGGAGGGGGAGGGGGAAGGAGAUGAUGUGUAUAUGGAGAGGGAUGGCGAUGGGAAUGUGGACGCGAAUGGCGGCAGUGACAACGGCAGCGGCACUCAAGUGGCCACCCAGGUGAGGAAUGGGUUUCUCUUGCCUUGCACGUACCAUGGCAUGCCGGUACCAUCCCCGCGUUCCUCCCUACCCUCCCCGCUCCACCCUUUCAUGUCCCCGUUCCCCCUCUUCCAUCCAACUACUCCUUGUCCAAGUCUCUUUCUCUCCUCACCCGCCCACGCCUCUCAAGCACAUGCCCCCGCCUCUCAAGCACAUGCCCCCGCCUCUCAAGCACAUGCCCCCGCCUCUCAAGCACAUGCCCCCGCCUCUCAAGCACAUGCCCCCGUGGAUAACCAGCACGCGCAAGCCGCCAAGGCGCAGCAAGCGCGGGGGGAGAAGGGGAAGAAAGGGGAGAAGGCGGAGGUGGGCGAGAUGGGGGAGGAAGUGGAGACGAGGCAAGGUGCAGGUGCUGCGAGGGGCAACGGGCGGGAUCCAGGAGGGUUGAGAAAGGGCCGUUCGCCGCAGCAGCAGCAGCAGCAGCAGGGCAGGGGGGGCUGGGGGUGGAAUGGGGGCAGCGGGGGCAGGGCGGAAGGGGUGGUGGCGGCGGAGGCAGUGCGCGCAGCUGAGGCAGUGGUGGAAAGCGCGCAGGCGUCCGGGGAAGGUUCGACCAAGAAAGAGGAGUGUGAGGGGCCGGCGCGAGGGGAAGGGGAUGGGGAAGCGGGGGACGAGGCGGAGCAAGUGGCGGGGGAAGAGGCGGCGGAGGAGGCAGAGGUGGAUGGGAAACAACAGGAGGGGGAGGAGGAGGUGGUGAAAGGGAGAAUGCAUCGUGCUGCAGCUGACUGUGACGCUGCUGCUGCUGCUGGUGCUGCUGCUGGUGCUGCUGCUGGUGACAGUGCUGCUGUUGCUGCCGAAAGGGAAACCGGAAUGGAUGUUGUAGGAGCAAUCACAACGGAUUCGGUGGCAGGAGCACCGGCAGUCGAACCUGAAACUGCUGCUGAUACUGGUGCUGCUGCUGCUGCUCCUGCUGGUGCUGGUGCUGGUGCUGGUGCGGGUGCUGCAGUGGUGGUAACACCUGUGGUAACGCAAAUGGUGACCUCAGUGGUAGGCUGCUUACACAACGGAUCACUCUCCCAGGGGGCUGUUCCUGCUCUUAUCGAGAUGGCUUGUAAGGCGGACAGAGAGGGGAAGAAGGUGAGGUGGAACUUCGGCACAGAGGAGGAAGCUGCCAAGGAAGGUGCAGAGGAAGGUGCUGAACAAGCUUCUUCUCCUGCUAUGAAUAUAGGGGGCGUGAAAGCGGAGAAUCCUCUUGAAAAGAACGUGACUGUAAAGGGCGGAGGCGCUCAGGAGGACUUUGUAAUGCGGGAAGGCGAUGAGGGGAUGACAGUGGGAGGGGGGCAUGGGGACGGGGCUGCGGAGCAGCGGGCGGAAGGAGAGAUCAAGAGAGGCCGAGAUGAGAGGGGAUAUGAGGGGUCGGAAGGAGAAGAAAGAGCAGCAGGAGCAGCAGGAAGAGCAGGGACAGACAAAUCCGAGGGAGCCAAGAGGGCAGCAGAAGGAUCGGAGGGGGGAGGGGAGGAGGACGCUAGGAGAGUGAGGAGGCGAGUGGAAGCUGACGAGGGUGGGAAAGGAGGGCGACGGGAUGCAGAGGUGGCGGCGUGGGACAAUGCAGCAAUGCGAGUGGAAGAGAUGGAGGAGCAGAGGGAGAGGGAGAGGGAGAGGGAAAUGGAAAGGGAGAGUCCGCGGCAGGAGGGCAACUGGAGACAGGAUCAGAGCUACUACCAUCAGCAUCACAACCAGCAUCAACAUCAGAACCAGCAUCACCAGCAACAGCACAUGCACGUUCAGCACCAUGCAUCGCAGCACCAUACAGCAGCAUGGCAGCAAGCGGCGUGGCAGCAGUCGCCCUGGCAGCACUCGGGUCUCUCUGCCUUCACGCGCUACACCACAGCACCCCCUGCUGCUGCAUUCCCUCUUCCCCAUCCUGCUGCUGCUGCUUCCGCUGCCGCUGCUGCUGCUGCUGGUUCUUCUGCUGCUGCUGCUCCUCUUGCUGCUGCUCCUACAGCCGCUAUUCCUCUCGCUGCUGCUGCUCCAGGCCCCAGCCGGGGUAGCAGGCAGCAGCAUGGGCAAGACGAGCGAGGGAGGGAGCAUGUGAGGGACCAAGGGAAAGAGCCAGGGAGGCGGCAAGGAAAGGAGCAUAAGAGGGAGGAAGGGAAGGAGAAGGAGCAUGGUGAGGGCAGUGGGGGCGGGGGCAGUGGCGGUGUAGGUAGCGCUCAGGACAGCAGGGAAGCAGCUCCUGCAGGGGUUGAGGGUGGCAGCACCAAUGGUCAUCCCUUGCAGACGCGACAAGAGGGCACAGACGGUACAGCGGCAAAUGUGUGGAGAGCAGGCGAGGAGGCACGGCGCAGGGAGGGUAUGACUGGGUGCAGUAGGGAUGGCAAUGGCACUGGGAGCAUGCACACGCCUGUGGAGGCGGGCCGAGGCAGUGGGGUGAAAAUGGUCAGUCUGAUGGGGCAAGCUGUGGCGUUCCCCCCCUGCGCUGCUGACACAUCUGCCACGCCUGCCACCACGACCGGUGAAGUGGUGGAUGCAGAGGAGGAAGGCAAGGAGGGGGAGAUGGCGGAGGGGGGACGGGGCACGUGUGGAGCAGUAGUAGCAGGAGGAGGAGUUGACACGGCAGCACAACAGUGCCAUGCCAUGGAUGUUUCCAGCUCAGGAGCCGGGAUCUCCCAGCCUCAAGAGACGGCUGCAGCUGAAGCUGCUGCGUAUGCUGCAUGUGCCUGUGGUGGGCCUGGUUGUGGGCUGUCGCAAGGCUCUGGGCAGUGCCAGGCUGCGCUGGGGGGUGCAGGAGGAGGGUGUGCGGCUGGGGCUGCCGUUCCGACUGUGCUGAGUCGGCAGGCGGUGCGAGAGGCAGCGCUGAAUAAAUUCAGGCAGAAGCGCAAAGACCGGUGCUUCGAAAAAAAGUUGAUUGCCGAUGGGGUCAUCUUCCACAAGCAUUGUUUCCGGUGCUUUCAUUGCAAGGGCACUCUUAAGAAAACUGGGUGCUACAACAAGAGCUUUGAGGAUGCCAUCAAGUCGGAGAAGGAGAAAACUGUGGCACCUGGGAGUGUGACAUCUACCACUGGCGUAUCAAGAUACGGAGGAGACAACAAGGGUCGUCAAUCCUUUGGCAGCGAGGUUCGGCGGGACGCAGGAGAAGUGCGUAGUUUGCAGCAAGACAGUCUACCCCCUGGAAAAGGUGAGUGUCGAGAACUCCACGCUGCGUCUACGGCCGUUCUGGCCAAGUCCGCCUUCCUUGGCGCUGGCCAAUCGCGCCUUGCUAAGUCGACCCGUGCUGCUGCGCAGUCAGCAUCCGUGUCGGCCCUUAAAAUAGAGGCCAAGGGCAACUGGCUCCCAGGUUCUACAUCUCCGGCCUGGCUUGAUGGCAGCCUUCCCGGCGACAACGGCUUCGAUCCCCUUGCCCUGGCUGAGGAUCCCGAGAACCUCAAGUGGUACGUCCAGGCCGAGCUCCAGAACGGCCGCUGGGCCAUGCUCGGUGUUGCCGGCAUGAUCAUCCCCGAGGCUCUGACCUCCGCUGGGCUCCUGAACGUGCCAGUGUGGUACGACACUGGUGUCGCUGAGUUCUGGUGCCCCACUCCCACCCUGUUCGCGAUCGAGUUCAUCCUGUUCAACUUCGUGGAGCUUCUGAGGUGGCAAGACAUUAAGAAGCCCGGCAGCGUGAGCACGGACCCCUUCUUCAAGAACAACAAGCUUCCUGCUGGUGAUGUGGGUUACCCCGGCUUCAACCCCCUGGGUAUGGGGACUGACUUCCGCACCAAGGAGAGCGAGCUGGCUAAUGGUGAGUAA